UCCUGGGGUGGGGAGCCAAGUCCGGAGACCUCAAGCUCUCAGUCCAGGCUGGUGAAAACCGUCUUCUUCCUACCUAAAAAGAAGAUUCCUGGGGGAGUGGGGAGUCAUCCUGAAGGGCAGGGGGCUGGACUGUGUUCAGCCUGUUCUCUCCUUCAGUCCAGGAAUAGAAAGAGUUAAUCCUCCCCCAGAAAUCUGUCAGCCCCCCACACAGCAGGGACACAUUGUUGGACCCUCUGACAUGCUAACAGUGUGACACAGGCUGACAGGAGUGAGCAGAUUCCAAACCCUGUAUUCCCCCCUUCACAGCAGCCAAACAGGACCUGGCUGGGUGGUUCCUUGUUGGGGGACUUUGGGGGAGGCGGAAAUCAGAGCUCAGAGAGCCUCUCACAGCCAGGCUGUGGACUUGUGGUCCAGAGGGAAAAGGGGGUCACCAGCCAAGUCCACUGGGAGCUGAAAGGGUUACGGGGAAUGUGAGGUGGAGGAAGAGGGAAGCCCCUUCAACCUUUUGACUAGGCUCUGAAGGCUUCUGGGCCAAUGGGUUCCUUUGCUAAUAUUUGCUCAGUUCCCUACCCCUACCCUCACCACCGUUGGAAGGCCUGGCCCUUAAGGGUAACUUUCUGACCCCUUGGUUGGACUGAGACCCUAGCAGUGGAGGGAUAGUUGGGGGAGGGUGGCUGGAGGCAGGAUUGAUAGCUGCCCAUUGCUUGGCCCUGGGGCACAAGCCCUUUAGCCUGGGUUUAUUGAUGCCACCGUCCCUUCUCCUGGAUGGUAAUCUCCAUUUCCUGUAGGUGACAGCAUUUCGCUCAGAGCCCCCCCAGGGCCAUGCACACUGCGGACACUCACGGUGUCCUGUGUUUGGCAGGAGUGAAUGGAUUGGUAACGAAUGAAUGAAUUGAUGAAUGAAAAAGGAAAGUUUUCUCAAUCGGAGGCAUCUAGUCAUUGUUUAGAAAAAAGAAGUCUUUUUGGAUUUGUAUGUUUUAAAAUGGGGUUCCCAGAGAACCUGAAAAAUGGAGAGAAACAAACAAAAAGGGUUAUUGACAGCCCUAGCGGGCCCCAGCGACGCUAACGUUUUGAUGUGAGUCUUCCCAGGCCAGUUGGACGUGGUGGUUGGUCGGUUUUUUAAGGGCUGUGUCGUCAUUCCCUAUAUUCACAUGUAUAUCCUGCUUUUUUUUUUUUUUUUUUUUUUUUUUGCUGUUGACAGCACCAGCCUUUUCCUGUUUUGUAACCAACUCUUCAUAAACACCACGGCUAAUGUCUUCAGGCUUUUCCAGUCGAGUGGAUGUACCAUAAUUUACUUAAUAUUCCCCUUUUGUUCAACAUUCUGGAUGCUCCUGACGAAUGAUGUCGUGGAUGUGUUUUGUGAGGGAGCCUUUCCUUAUGCUUAAGACGAUUUCCUCAAAAUGCUGGGCUGCUGGUGCCCACAGCUCUGACGGGCCUGCAGUGCCAGGAAGGAGAGCGCCUCUCUUUUUUCCCCAGGAUAAGUGGGACACCGUUCUUCCUUCCCCACAAUCUAGAAACUUCCACCCGAGCCCAAAAAGGAGCAUUGGCGAUGAAAUCACCUGUCCGACUUCCCUCCUUUGACCGAGGAGGAAACCAGAACUCAGAGAGGGGAAGUGAGUCCCCAAGGUCACACAGCAGUCACUGGGCUGUGCAGCAGUAGCCAAGAACCAGCUACUUAAUCUGCCAUUUUUUUUUUUUUUUUUGCCUCUGCAAAUGGUCCCUGGUGGUCCUCUAGUAGGACCAUGCCCAUUUCACAGAGAGGGCAACUGAGACCUCAAGGGAGCAAAAGCACCAGCCGAUUCUUAGCAGUGCCAAGGCAUUCUGUGUCAUAUACACGUCUGUGUUCUUGGACCUGGGGCCACCCAUGGGCUUCCUGUCGCUUUUCAAGCUCCCUUUUCUUUGCCAUUCCAUCCCCCCCUUCUUAGUGGAGCUGGGGAUCAAGCCUGGUCAGCAUGCAUGUUAGGCAAGGGCUCUACCUGACCUCUAUCCCCAGCCCUUGCCAUCCCCGUUUCCAGAGGGAAGAGCUGAGGACCCAGAGUAGAUGCAGUGAGAUGGGGGUGGGGCUGCAGUUUCCAAGGGACCCUGGUGGUGCCUCUUGUGCCUCAGUUUACUUGUUCAGGAGCCAGGGGGCAGGUGUUGGCACAGACCCUGUGUGUGUGGUGUGGGGGAGUGGGGAAGGACCGGGAGCAUCUUGAACUCUUCUUCAGGCCUGUGAUUGGCCCCUGAGGCCCCCUGGGGAAGAAGGAAGGAAGGAGAGGAGGACUUGGAGAAAGGUAGACAGAGAUUCAGAUGUUGGAAGGGAGAAAGUGGGGGAAGGAGAAAGUAGGAAAAGAGAAGAGUUAUGCCAAAGUAAAGAAGAGAGAAAGAUGCCCUCCCCAUCCCCCCCUCCUCUGGGUGACAUUACUUCCAGCAGGGGUGGGGGGCGCGUCAGAGCUGGCCAGGACUGGACACUGUGGAUUGGGCUCUGCAGCUGUUUGGGAGACACAUGAGCAGCAUCUGAGGGUCAGAAGGAACCAGACUUAAGUGGGUGUCAUACAAGACCAGGGGUGGUGGCUUCUCUGUUCUCUGAGUCCCCUGUGGGACAGGAGGCAGGGCACUCCAAUUCAGGAGCUUAGGGAUAUUUGUGGGGUGCAAGGGUCAUUGUGGCUCUGAGUCCCCAUCUGAGGACAGAGUCUUUUUUGCUCCUUUCCCUGAUGGCUUGCCAACCGUCAAGGUUAGGAGAAACCCUGCUAUGCGUGUGUCAGUAUUUGGACAUUUCUGUGAUGUGUCUCUCUGCAAGCAGGUGCUCAUCUGUAUGUGUGUGUGUGUGUGUGUGUGUGUGUGGUGUCUGGGUGUCUCUGUCUUGGGGGGAUGUCUGUGUGUGCAUAUGUGCAUGUCUUUGUGCCUCUGAAUUUUUUUUUUUUUUUUUUUGUAUAUUUCUUAAGGGGUCUGUCUGUGUCUCCCAGCUCAGGCAUGUGCUGUGCUUACAUUGCCUGUGUGUUUGUCUAGGCGAGUCUGUUGUGUUCCCCGUUGUCCUCUGCGUGGGGGUGCGUGCACGUGUCUGGUGCAUCUCGGAUCCCGCUUGUGCAUUUCAGGGGGGUGUGCCCCAAGCUUGUGUGUGUAUGUGUGUGUGUGUGUCUGUGUGAGCACACUCUUCCCUCCUAAUGGCCCCAACAGAGAUCUAGGCACCAGGCUCUUGUGCUCUUCUCAAGGUUGCGGCUGGGUGGCUUAAAACAGGGGACAGCCUUUGGCUGGGAAGGUUGGGCUGGGGGAGGGAAAAGAAAAUCUUAAAAGACCAUCUUCCUUGUGGUCUCCAAGGAGAUCAGCCUGUGAAAUGAUCCGCACGUUAAUUAAAAACGAUUAUAUCCUGAUUGAGCCAUUCCUGCUCACAUCCCCCAGUCGGGGAGAGAAUGAGACUGACACCAGAGGAUGCAGGGUGGGCCCGGGCCACCACACGGCACAGCCAGAGUGAGCCCCCAGCUCACAGGGGGGGCAGAGGCUCGGAGGGCACGAUGCAGCGGGGUGUUUAGGGCCAUCUGCCCAAAUCAGAUUUGAGCUCCUCUUUUGAAUUUUCAGGACUCUUCUCCAGGUGGAGUCUGAGGUCUUAGAGGCUGGUGGCAGCCAUCUCGGCCACAUGGGUCUGCACUUAGGUGCCCAGCACUAGGCCUUGUUGUUUGAACCCUUCCUUCCUGUCUGUGUGUGUGUGCGGUUCCAGUGUCCCGGAGUACGGACAUGCUUCAGGUAUUGCAGCCAGACUGGACCCAGUUGUCUGACCUUAAAGCCUACAGCCCAUUCUUAGCCCCCAACCUUCCCUAGACUCCCACCAGGAUCCCCCAGCUCAGCAGGACCCCUGGGAAGUUAGGGCUCACAAGGCCUUUUCAUUUUCCAGGGCCUCUGAGAUUGUUCCUUUCUGAGAUCUAAGCCACACUGGGCAGCUGCAAUGUCCUUUUUUGUGUGUGUGUGGGGAACCGGGUGACUCGCUGGCCUGGAACGGCUCUGAUCUGACUCAUGUCAUCUUCACCAGCCUCCCUCCCCAUACCCCACCCCCCAUAUUGGUUGAUGAUUCUGCAGAUCAGCCACAGGUGCCCCUGAGGCCUGCUGGGUAUCCUGUACCCACACUCCUGGGCACGUCUGCCAAGUCCUGUCUGGAAAAAGUCCAGACUUGGUCACACUAUGCCUUGCCACCUUGUCUUAACCUCUCGUCAACCCUAUAAGGACAAUGGUGAUAGAUCCAUGGAGUGACAGAUACUCAGGUGAACGGGUGAGCUGCCUCUGUGUGCCCAGCCUUACCCAGAAGCAAGAUCUCUGGCCGUAAGCAAGGGCUUUUUCUGCUUCUCUGAGCCUCAGCUUGUCUUUUGUGCACUGAGGAUCAUAACUUUUUCCUGACGGGACUGUCAGAGAGUAAGGAAAACCGAGUCAAGUUGGUUCAAGUAGCCCAGAGGGGCUCGCUCGGGCGUCUGUUUGCCCCGUUGAGGAUAUGUGUGUGUGUGGCUGCCGCAGGGGUUUUGAGUUUGCUGGCUUCUGGGGAGGGAGAUGUAGCAAUCCAGUGCUUUCUAGGAGACUAUCAGGGGUUCCGGUGACUCAUCUCACUAUGAACCCGUGUGGGGCUAGUAUCUUCACCAGACCCACUCAGGGUUAUGUCAUCCAAGGUAGAGUGUUUGGGGAAAAAGAGGAGAAUGAUCCUGCUGGACGGAGUCCUCGUGAGGUUUUCUGGACCUGGUCCCACAUUCUCAGAGGGAGGUUGACCAAGGAGUAGGUUUGAAAGCAGGAAGUAGUGUCAUGAGGGGCAGGUAGAAUGGGAAAUAUCAGUGUCCACCUCUUCCCCGAGGGCAGAACUGGGAGAGAGGGUAGGCAGAUUUCUACUCUUGUCACUAAAAGCCCUUUGGCACUGAAGCCCACAGAGGCCCAGUCAUCCAUUAGGUCCCACCUCUCAGGAGUUUUUUUGUGACCUUGGUAUCUGCCAUCCCUCUAACUCUCCCUCACCUGCCUUCCCUGGGGCCUGAAGUGCCUCCAUUUGUCACUGCCAUGGGUCAGAGCGUUGAAGGCCCUGCUUAAAAUGCAAACAUGUUACCUUGGAGGAGGGAUCACAGAAAGACUCAUGUUUGUAUAAUGCAGGGGCCACCAACACCCCCCCUCCCAUGCUCUGCACAGCCGGGCAUGUGAUGUGGAUGAGGGCCGGGAGCCUGCUUUGGACCUCCUGGGUUGUGGCAGCUCAGCCAGGGUGACACACUGGAAUGCAGCCAGGGUGCCUGUCACCCACUUUUUCAGGAACCAGGUGUCAGAUGUUCCCAUGACAUGUCCUGGUUUCUAUAUGCUGUCACCUCAUUCAGCAACACAGCUACAGGCCACAUUGGGACCCCAUGCCACCGUUGUGCAGCCUCUGACUUAAUUGCUGUUACCCAGGGCUUUCCACGAGAGUCCUGCACUGCAGGUGGGGCAGGGGUGGCAAAGCUCUCUUGCCCAGCUUAGGCCUGUGAGGCCCUGGCGGGGCUGGGGGAUCAGAUGAAGUGCCCUCCCCAGGAUCAAGAAGGGGCCAAGGGCGAGGCUUUGAUGGCCAAAGAGAUUUGAGGGACAGAGGCAGAGAGAGACACUUUGCUGGUGCUGUCCUGCUGUGGACCUGCUGGCCACAGGGGCCUGAUUCUGGGUUGGUUUAUAUGACAGGGCGUCAGGCCUGAGCGCCAUCCCCACCGUGCGUGGCCAGGCCUGAGUCCCCCACCCCCACCCCUGCAUGGCCAGGAGAGGCCAUAGGAGAUGGUGUCUGGGGAGGCAGGCCCAGAGAGCCACUGAGUGUCAGGUGCAAAGCCAACCAGCCUCAUGCACAUUCACACCCAGCAGUGAGGAUGUGUGGGGGCAGAGGGGGUUUGGGCCAGGUUGAGGCUGGUCAGCCUGACCCUGCUCCUGACUCAGGGUGGCGGGUGCUGAGCCAGAACUCCUGGGCAUCUGUCUGAUCCAUGCCUCGAGUCACAGGCCACAUUUUAUUUCCUCAGUCCUUCAGCAGUUGCAGAUAGCCUCCAUGGGUCUAACCAAGAGGCCCUGCCCAGGGAGAGUCCAGCGGGCAUCCUGGAGGAAAGGAUCUGUGUCCAGCAGUGUUUUGUGCAGGAGGAAGGCUGGCUGCUGCUCCCAGCAACCCCGAAGGCCUGGGGCAUGAACAGCAUGGAGAGUGUGUUCUCACAGCUGCCCGCCCCCUUGUCUCCUCCACCUGCCAUGGAGCAAGGAGUCUCAAUCUGAAGUUACAGCAGGAGAAGGGCUGGAUGUGUCUGGAGAGCGGUGCUUGGCUGUGUAAGCAAAGAUGUCAGAGCCUGAUUCUGGGUCCUGGGCUCCCCAGAACAUGUUGAGCACCCCGUCUUAGUAGAUCGCCAGCCCGCGUCAUGCAGUCUUUUCGAGAAAGGUGUGGUUUCCAUGGCAAACAGCAGAGCUACCCACAGACCUCGCAGGAAGCGACUCGCCUGGAGAAUUACAGGCAGCCGAGUCAGGCCGGGCUGAGUUGUGACAGGCAGCGGCUGCUCGCCAAGGACUAUUAUAACCCGCAGCCUUACCCGGGCUACGAGGGUGGCGCCAGCACCCCCUCCAGCACGGCGGCCGCGGUGGCCGCCGAGAAGUACCACCGAGGUAGCAAGGCCCUGCCCUCCCAGCAGGCGCUGCAGGGGAGGCCGUCUUUCCCCGGCUAUGGUGGCCUCCAGGACAGCAACCCCUACCCGGGACGCUACUCUGGGGAGGAGGGCCUGCAGGCUUGGGGGGCCCCCCAGCCGCCACCCCCCCAGCCACAGCCCCUGCCAGGAGGGGUGGGCAAGUACGAUGAGAACUUACUCAAAAAGACGGCCGUGCCCCCCGGCAGGCAGUACCCAGAGCAGGGUGCCCAGCUUCCCUUCCGGACUCACUCCCUGCCUGUCCAACAGCCCCCGCCGCCACAGCUGCCCCAGCCCCAGCAGCCCCUGGCGUACCCCAAACUCCAAAGGCAGAAACUGCAGAAUGACCUCGCCUCGGCCCUGCCCUUUCCCCAGGGGGGUCACUUCCCCCAGCACUCCCAGUCCUUCCCCACCUCGUCCACCUACUCCUCGUCCGUCCAGGGCAGCGGACAGGGGGCCCACUCCUAUAAGAGUUGCACAGCAGCACCGUCUGCCCAGCCCCACGACAGGCCACUGACCGCCAACGCCAGCCUGGCCCCGGGACAGCGGGUCCAGAACCUUCACGCCUACCCGUCGGGCCGCCUCGGCUACGACCAGCCACAGCAGCAAGCGCUUCAGAGCCGGCACCACGCCCAGGAGACCCUCCAUUACCAAAACCUCGCCAAAUACCAACACUACGGACAGCAAGGCCAGGGCUACUGCCAGCCGGACACGGCCGUCAGGACCCCUGAGCAGUACUACCAGACCUUCAGCCCCAGCUCCAGCCACUCCCCGGCCCGCUCGGUGGGCCGCUCCCCUUCCUACAGCUCCACCCCGUCCCCGCUCAUGCCAAACCUAGAGAACUUCCCCUACAACCAGCAACCACUCAGCGCCGGGGCCUUCCCCGCGGGCAUCACCGACCACAGCCACUUCAUGCCCCUGCUCAAUCCCUCCCCGACAGACGCCGCCAGCUCCGUGGACACCCAGGCCAGCAACUGCAAGCCCCUGCAGAAGGACAAAAUCCCGGAGAACCUGCUGUCAGACCUCAGCCUGCAGAGCCUCACGGCCCUGACCUCCCAGGUGGAGAACAUAUCCAACACCGUCCAGCAGCUUCUGCUGUCCAAGGCCGCCGUGCCGCAGAAGAAAGGGGUCAAGAACCUGGUGUCCAGGACCCCGGAGCAGCACAAGAGCCAGCACUGCAGCCCCGAGGGCAGCGGGUACUCUGCGGAGCCAGCGGGGACGCCCCUGUCGGAGCCCCUGAGCAGCACGCCGCAGUCCACCCACGCAGAGCCACAGGAGACCGACUACCUGAGCGGCUCCGAGGACCCGCUGGAGCGCGGCUUCCUCUACUGCAGCCAGGCCCGCGGCAGCCCCGCGAGGGUCAACAGCAACUCCAAGGCCAAGCCCGAAUCCGUGUCCACCUGUUCUGUGACCUCCCCUGACGACAUGUCCACCAAAUCUGACGACUCCUUCCAGAGCCUGCAUAGCAGUCUGCCGCUGGACAGCUUCUCCAAGUUCGUGGCCGGCGAGCGGGACUGCCCGCGGCUGCUGCUCAGUGCCCUGGCUCAGGAGGACCUGGCCUCUGAGAUCCUGGGGCUGCAAGAAGCCAUCGGUGAGAAAGCCGAGAAGGCCUGGCCGGAGACCCCGGGGCUGGCCAAGGACGCCAGCAAGCCACCCUUCUCUCUGGAGAACCACAGCACCUGCCUCGACCCUGUGGCCAAGAAUGCUUGGCCACGGCCCGGGGAGCCCGAGGCCCUGCCUGAUUCCUUGCAGCUGGACAAGAGUAGCAAUGCCAAGGACUUCAGCCCGGGGCUGUUUGAAGACCCUUCGGUGGCCUUCGCCGCCCCUGACCCCAAGAAGACCUCUGGUCCCCUCUCCUUUGGCGCCAAACCCACCCUUGGGGCCGCCGCCCCGGACCCCACCGCAGCGGCUUUCGACUGCUUCCCGGACACCACGACCACGUCCAGCUCGGCAGAUGGCGCCAACCCCUUUGCCUGGCCAGAGGAGAACCUGGGGGAUGCCUGUCCCCGCUGGGGACUGCACCCUGGCGAGCUCACCAAGGGCUUGGAGCAGGGCGGGAAGGCCUCGGACGGCGGCGUGGGCAAAGGGGACGGCCACGAGGCCUCGGCCUGCCUGGGCUUCCAGGAGGAGGGGCCCCCUGGGGAGAAGGCGGCUGCGCUGCCCGGGGACUUCAAACAGGAGGAGGCGGGUGGGGUGAAGGAGGAGGCCAGCGGCCUGCUGCAGUGCCCCGACGUGGGCAAGGCCGACCGGUGGCUGGAGGACAGCCGGCACUGCUGCUCGGCCUCCGACUUUGGGGACCUGCCCCUGCUGCCACCCACCGGCAGGAAGGAGGACCUGGAGGCCGAGGAGUACUCCUCCCUGUGCGAGCUGCUGGGCAGCCCGGAGCAGAGGCCCGGCAUGCAGGACCCGCUGUCACCCAAGGCCCCCCUCCUCUGCACCAAGGAGGAGGCGGAGGAGGUGCUGGACUCCAAGGCCGGCUGGGGUUCCCCUUGCCACCUAUCCGGGGAGUCUGUCAUCCUGCUGGGCCCCACCGUGGGUGCCGAGUCCAAGGUCCAGAGCUGGUUCGAGUCCUCCCUGUCCCACAUGAAGCCCGGCGAAGAAGGGCCCGACGGGGAACGGGCUCCGGUGGAUUCCACCACCUCGGACGCCUCCCUGGCCCAGAAGCCCAACAAGCCCGCCGUGCCCGAGGCACCCAUUGCUAAGAAAGAGCCUGUGCCACGGGGCAAAAGCCUCCGGAGCCGGCGAGUCCACCGGGGGCUGCCCGAGGCUGAGGACUCCCCGUGCAGAGCACCAGCGUUACCCAAAGACCUCUUGCUCCCCGAGUCCUGCACCGGGCCCCCCCAGGGACAGAUGGAAGGGGCCGGGGCCCCAGGCAGGGGGCCCUCCGAAGGGCUCCCCAGAAUGUGCACCCGCUCCCUCACGGCCCUGAGUGAGCCCCGCACACCCGGGCCCCCGGGUCUGACCACCACCCCCGCGCCCCCCGACAAGCUGGGGGGCAAGCAGCGAGCCGCCUUCAAGUCGGGCAAGCGGGUGGGGAAGCCCUCGCCCAAGGCCGCGUCCAGCCCCAGCAAUCCGGCCGCCCUGCCCGUGGCCUCAGACAGCAGCCCCAUGGGCUCCAAAACCAAGGAGCCAGACUCGCCCGGCCUGCCCGGCAAGGACCAGCGCUCCAUGAUCCUCCGAUCGCGCACCAAACCCCAAGAGGUCUUCCACGCCAAGCGGCGGCGACCCUCAGAGACCCGGCUCCCCAACUGCCGGGCCACCAAGAAGGUCCUUGCCAACAACCACCUGCCUGCCCCAUUCAAGGUUGCUGCCACCGCCGCCGCCGCCGGCAGUCCCCAGAAGGAGGGCAGAGUGAGCCAGCGAGCACGGGUCCCCAAGCCUGGCACAGGGGGCAAGCUUUCUGACCGGCCCCUUCACGCGCUCAAACGGAAAUCAUCCUUCCUGGCGCCUGUCCCCACCAAGAAGAGGAACUUGGUCCUACGCAGCAGCAGCAGCAGCAGCAGCAUCAGUGCCAGCGGGGGGGACGGGAAGGAGGACAGGGCUGAGGGCUCCCCCUCGCUCUUUAAGAGAAUGUCUUCUCCCAAGAAGGCCAAACCCAAGGGCAGCGGGGAGCCCACCACAAAGCCCCCGCCCCCCGAGGCCCCCGAGGCCUGCAUGAAGCUCGCCUCACGGGCUGCCUUCCAGGGGACCGUGAAGACCAAGGUGCUGCCCCCCAGGAAAGGCCGGGGCCUGAAGCUGGAGGCCAUUGUGCAGAAGAUCACCUCCCCCAGCCUCAAGAAGUUUGCAUGCAAAGCGCCCGGGGCGCCCCCUGGGACUCCCCUGAGCCCGGCCCUCCCCGAGAAGGACCGCGGGGGGCUCAAGAGCGCUGGGGGCAGCCCGGCCGGGGCAGAAGAAGGUCUGGUCAGCGUGGGCACGGGACAGAAGUUCCCAGGGGCUUCGGGAGGGGAGCCGUUGUGUAGAAAUCCGACCAACAGGUCCUUAAAAGGUAAACUCAUGAACAGUAAGAAACUGUCCUCCACCGACUGUUUCAAAACUGAGGCCUUCCUGUCCCCGGAGGCCCUGCAGCCUGGGGGGACCACGCUGGCACCCAAGAAGAGGAGCCGGAAAGGCAGGGCCGGAGGCCUCGGGCUCUCCAAAGGUCCCCUGGAGAAGCGGCCCUAUCUUGGCCAGGCUGUGCUCCUCAAUCCCCGAGACAGGGCCAGCAGCACGCAGGUGGGCAGCGAGGACAACUCUGGUGGAGGAGGCAAGAAGCCAAAGACCGAGGAGCUGGGUCUGGCCUCCCAGCCCCCUGAGGGCCGGCCCUGCCAGCCCCAGACAAGGGCACAGAAGCAGCCGGGCCACGCCAACUACAGCAGCUAUUCCAAGCGGAAGCGCCUCACCCGGGGCCGGGCCAAGAACACCAACGCUUCACCCUGUAAGGGGCGUGCCAAGCGGAGAAGGCAGCAGCAGGUGCUGCCCCUGGAUCCCGCCGAGCCUGAAAUCCGCCUCAAGUACAUUUCCUCUUGCAAGAGGCUGAGGGCCGACAGCAGGACCCCAGCCUUCUCACCCUUCGUGCGGGUGGAGAAGCGAGACGCCUUCACCACCGUAUGCACUGUUGUCAACUCCCCUGGGGAUGAGCCCAAGCCCCACAGGAAGCCUUCCUCCUCCACCUCCUCCUCUUCAUCUUCCUCCUCCUUCUCCUUGGAUGUGGCCGGGACCUCCCUGACCACACUCCCGGGGGGCUCCAUCCUGCAGCCACGGCCCUCGCUGCCCCUCUCCUCCACAAUGCACCUGGGGCCUGUGGUUUCCAAGGCUCUGAGUACCUCUUGCCUUGUCUGCUGCCUCUGCCAAAACCCGGCCAACUUCAAGGACCUCGGGGACCUCUGUGGGCCCUACUACCCCGAACACUGCCUCCCCAAAAAGAAGCCAAAACUCAAGGAGAAGGUGCGGCCGGAAGGCACCUGUGAGGAGGCCUCGCUGCCCCUUGAGAGAACACUCAAAGUCGAGUGUGCAGCCCCUGCUCCCGCCGCCGCUGCCGCCGCCACCACCGCCGGGAAGCCCUCCAGGCCUGACGGCCCAGCGGACCCGGCCAAGCAGGGCUCACUGCGCACCAGCGCCCGGGGCCUGUCCCGGCGGCUGCAGAGUUGCUACUGCUGUGAUGGUCGGGGGGACGGGGGCGAGGAGGUGGCCACAGCCGACAAGAGCCGCAAGCAUGAGUGCAGCAAAGAGGGUCCUGCAGAGCCCGGCGGGGACACCCAGGAGCACUGGGUGCACGAGGCCUGCGCCGUGUGGACCGGCGGGGUCUACCUGGUGGCCGGGAAGCUCUUUGGGCUGCAGGAGGCCAUGAAGGUGGCCGUGGACAUGACAUGUUCCAGCUGCCAAGAAGCCGGGGCCACCAUCGGGUGCUCCUACAAAGGAUGUGUCCACUCCUACCAUUACCCGUGUGCCAGCGAUGCGGGUUGUGUAUUCAUCGAAGAGAACUUUUCUUUGAAAUGUCCCAAACAUAAGAGGCUGCCGUUGUAAUCCACCGCAACGGCUGGAAAAGCCGCCGGAGCCGCCCGACGCCCGCCUCCGAAGGAGAGAAGCAGCCUGCGCAGCCCUGGGGCCUUGGAGCUGCUCCCAGCGCGCGUCCAGAGCCGAUCCUUGAUCCGCGUCCCGGAUCUUGGAUCCGGCCGCCCAGGGCGCCGACGUGCGGCCCCGGGUUGGGAAGAAAACCUGUUCCGGAGCCGCCUGCUCCCGGAACCGGACGGCACAGGGCGUUUUUUUUUUUUUUUUUUUUGCCCACACCCCUGGGGCCAGGCUUGGAGAGGGAGCCCGCGGAGCGGCCAGACUUCUCGGCCCACCCAGCCUCUGGCGGGGGUGGGAGACGGCUUUGGGCUGGGGACACUUCCCCCUCCCGGAAGUUCCAAGACGACGUGGCACACAUUCCUCGUGGGUGCUGCCGUCACCGCAGUCGGUCGGUCGUGGCCUGCAGCUGGGCGCCCUGGGGUCGGGAGAGGAGAUCCAGACGACCCUGCAAGGGGCCGAGGGCGGCUCCUAGCUCCAUGGACGAGGCAGGGGAAACCGGAGCCUUUCUGGAGGGGGCCCGGCCAGCGGGGGAGGGGGCAAGGGGCUUCGAAACCAACCAGUCGGAAUGCGUCCCAGCGCCCCUUCCCACCCACCCUUUGCCAAAGCUUCCCUGCGGUUCCGGCCAAGCCGGGGUAAUCGGGGGCCUAUGCUCAGGGGAUGUGGGCUCCCCGGGUGUGGGCGGGACUGGGGCAUCUUCUGUUCGUCCCCUUUCCAAUCCUCCACCCCACCCUUGGAGCCCAGCCUAGGAACGCAGCAAGAAAGGAGAUCCGAUCCGAGCAUGAGCGUACCUCCGGCGGAUGCGCGAUUGUCCCUGUGCGCCACCACGGUCUUCAGGGACCACAGCGCCCACUCAGUACGGGAGUAGGGACAGCGCUAGAUUCGUGUACAAAACCUGUGUACCCCUCUAUAUAUAUGUUACAUAGAAUGUAUAUAUGUUGGGAACAUGCUCGCUUCUCCUGUGUGUCGCCGCCGUGCGUCGUGCGCCCUGCAGCAGAGCCCCAGCCGGGCCCUUGCCGAGUAGGGGAGUCUACCGCGAUGCCCCUUCCCCACGCAGCCACCACCGGCUUGGGCCAGUCCCUGCCAGUCCGUCCGCCUGUCUGUCCGUGUCCUCACCUCAGCUCUGUCCACGCUUCAAUAGGCCUGACGCAGCCCCAGCCAGGGGCCGCCCUAGCAACUUCCUGUACAUAUGACUGUAAAAUGGUAAACGUGUGUAUUAUAUCUGGCCUCGUUAUAUAGUGUAUAUAUAUGUAUACAUAUACAUAUAUAUAAUAUAUAUGAAGACUGUAAAUGUUAA